CUGUGAGGGGAGGGGAGGCUGUGCUGGUAAAUGUGCUUUCAGAUGCUGCAUCUUCUCUGUUGGGCUUAUGAAGUCGUGAAGUCAUAGUUUUUUUAGUUCUAAUUCAAACAGUUUUUGCUAAUAUUUGUCCUCUCGUCUUUCAACCAGGCGAAUCCAACAAAGAAGAAGACAGUGACAAUGACUCACGUGGUGGAAAUGCCAUCGCUGCUAGAUUGCCCAGGACAAGCGCAGUGUCCCCACUGCCAGCAGACGGUGGUCACCCAGGUAGAACUCAAAGCAGGCCUGAAGACCUGGGGCAUCUGUGGAGGCCUCGCCAUCUUCGGGUGUUUUCUCUGCUGCUGUAUACCAUUCUGUGUGGACUCCUGCAAGGAUGUGGAGCACCACUGUCCAAACUGCCGUAACACCAUCCAUGUUUACAAGCGAUGGUGAUCGCACAGUUUUAAGCAGUGACUCUUUCACCGCACUCAAAUGUUACCAAUGCUGAGAUGUUCUGUGAAGUGUGGCUGUGGCAUGGCAGAUCUUAUGAAUGCAUUAUAAAUCAGCCAGUGGUAGUCGGGAUUUAGUGCUAAAAUGCAAACCAAUUGGCAUGUUUUUCUUUGUCCCUUAGGAUUCUAACAACGUUAAAUGCAAAAACAACACAUAUUCUAAGCUUGCUUGCAAAUAUAUUCCACAUGUAUUCAACUGUGUGUUGCAGAAAUACAAUUAAAAAAAACUAAUGUUGUA